AAUGAAAACACGUUGAGGAUUACGAAAAAUAGUUAUUCCUUCAAAUUCAAUCAAACCGACGACUUGUUGAAACGAUGCAUAUUUGAAUCUGAUCGAGUCUCCAAAAUAAUUCACCAAACGACAAAAGGCACUAUAAAUGACGUUGUAACAUAAAAGUGAACGAUUAGAGAGUAUAUUCAGCACUACACACAUACACCUUCUGUUUUUAUCUAUGAGCAAUCGAAGAAGGUGUCCAGUAAACGGCGAGCGUCAGGUUAUGGGGAGUAAUGCGCUAACUGCUGCAUAAAUUUUCUCCCAGUGUGUUUUGUACUUUUUGGCUCGCGUGCCAUCCUUCAGAUCUCUCAUCGUUUGCCAGUGACACUACGAAAACUUCUUGCAGGAUGCUGACGAAAGGAACCAGGUUUUUUUAGACCACUGGUCGCGCGUCAUAUAAUUGCAUAAUUACCUAAUUAGUAGAUUAAAUUUCAUUGGUAGUAUUUGUGAGAAAAACUUUCAGAUUCCCAUUUUUUUCACAUUGUGAUUCUUCGUUUCGGACAACUGAUUCUAAUCGGAGUACUUUAAAGGAAAGGAAAAAAAAAACUUGGUGCUGAUUUGUUGAAGUCGAAAUUGGUCAAUUUCUAGUAGGAGUUAAAAGGAAUUGCCUGGAAUAUGAAUGAACAUUCGGACUUUUUCUUCGAAAAAAGAUGCAUGCAUGUGAAAAAUGCCAAAGUUUAAGCCCGUAACUUUAGGGAUCAUCAGUUUUGUGCUCUUCGGAAUUUCCUCAUCUGUUGCUUACUUUGGGUUAACAUCAACUGAAGUGUUAACCCUAACUCUGGAUCACCCAGCAUUCCGUGACAAUCGUAUCCCUGGAGUCUCUCGAACUUUUUCGCCGUCAAAGUUAUGUGAAAUGAUGAAGCUGUAUCGAAAGCAAAAGAAAAUGUGUCGAAGAGGACGAGGGACUGCGCAUGUGCUGAUGGAAGCUAUUCAUACUUCCGUUCUUGAAUGCCAGUACCAAUUUCAGCAUGAAAGAUGGAAUUGCUCCAUAGAUGAACCCUACAGACAAAACAUGCUGAAAAAAGGUUACAAAGAAACGUCAUUCCUUUAUGCAGUAUCGUCUGCAAGUCUCGUGCACACUUUUGCGCGAGGCUGUCGGAGCGGACAAAUAGACAGAUGUACUUGCGACGAAUCCAAGCAUUUGAAUAAUGUAGAAGCUUGGAAGUGGGGAGGAUGCGGUGAUAAUAUCAAAUUUGCUCUCAAAUUCACGAGACGAUUUCUCCGACGGGCAAAGACACGAGGCAAAGACGUAGCUGCAAAAGUGAACCAACACAACAGCCGUGUUGGAAUAAAGGUUGUGAAAAGUCACGUAGAAACUAAAUGCAAAUGUCAUGGUGUGUCCGGAACUUGCACUGUUAAGACAUGCUGGCGCCAGUUAGCCCCCUUUCACGUAAUAGGACAAGUUUUAAAACGGAAGUACGACCAAGCGUACAAAGUGGACACUAACACAAAUAAUGCUAAUGGCAAGUUUUCUUUAUCCAUAAGAAGAGACGAAUCCACUGUAGAUCCAAAAAAUUCCACACCUAGAUCUGUAGACAUGGUUUUCAUUGAAAGUUCUCCCAGUUUCUGCAGCAAAAGCAGUUAUUCCAAAGGAACGACGGGUCGUGAAUGCAAUAAAAAUUCUACAUGUCAUUCAUUAUGUUGUGGGCGUGGCUAUAAUGUCAUGACCCGAAAGACGUAUGAAAGGUGUCAGUGUCAAGUUGUUUGGUGCUGCAAGUUUAAUUGCAAAAGGUGCCUGACAGAUCAAGAGGUCUAUACUUGCAAAUGAACGGUGAAUGCAAGAACAAUGAUAAAUUUCUUUGAAUUUCUGGAUUUCAAACAAACUCAAACCUGUGAUAGAUGGCUAUGUAUAUUAUAGCUCUCAUAAUAUUUCAUGAUGAUAUCUUGAAUCCAAAAAUGUUACCGAAUUCUAUGAUUUCUAAUAAUUAUAUAAUUUUUCAUGUUGUAUAGAUGCAUUAAUAUUAUCGUUAUUUUUUAUUGACUAGAAUUAUGAAAAAUGAAUCUCAUCUAUUUGUAUUUGUAUUAAUUGCUUUUAGAUCAGUGUACUUCAAAUAUGCUUUAAAUGUAGUUUUUAUUGUAUUUAUACUUCAUCAUCAUGUCACAAAUGUGAAAUAUUCU